UAGCAACAGUUGCCCCGGUGAGGACGAAGCGCCAUAGCCACGGUAGCCCUGGCGACAAGAACCCAGCAACGAGAAUCAACAACAACAGCCUGAAUCCUUGAAAAAAAUAAAAACAAAAAUAUCGGUGGGAAAUUCACUUGGAAUCAGAGUGUCUGAGUCCCAGUUCUCGUGAUGGCCACGACAGGCUACGUUGGGGAGUUGCAGCCCGUGACGACCCAGCCCCAAGGGGCAGUGAGUGGGAGUGUGACGGUGGCUGGACAGUCCUCAGCAUCCGCUGCCCCACACACCGUGGUAGCUCCUACGCAGCAGUUCCUGGCUCAGCUUCAGACCACAGUGGGGGCUCCUGCAGCCGCAGCAGGACACAUCACACCUCCUGCACAAGCCACUCCCACAGCGUCACAGAAGACAGCAGUUGUCCAGGUGGUGCCCACACAGGCUCCUCCCCCCCAGACCCAGUAUGUGACGGCUGAGAUCCAGGGUUCUUCAUCACAGGCCAACAACGCCCAGAACGCCCCCCAGUACAUCGUAGUCACCGUCACAGAGGGCUCUCUCCAUUCAAGUGACUCUGUGUCUGACUCGAGCCCUCCUCCAGCUGUGGUACAGCAGACUGGGGUUCCCACACAGGUGGUGCAGCAGGUGCAAGCAGCACAGCAGAGGUCAGUGGUGCAGGCAACGUCCCAGAUCACAGCCAAGACUGAACAGGGUAUCACCACCCAGCUGAGUGUCACCAAUCUGCAGCCUGUCCACCUCACUCAGGAGGUACAGCAGCAGCUCCAGCAGGUGCCAGUGCAGCAUGUGUACACCAAUCAGGUGCAGUAUGUUGAAGGGGGAGACAACAACUACACCACCAGCACAAUUCGCUCAGGCAGCUUCACCUACACAGACACCCCUCUGUACACUCAGACCACUGCCGCCCCUUACUACGAAGCCCCUCCCACCUCUGGCUCACAGGUCCCCACCACCGGCACACCCCUGACCGUCUCCGUGACAACGGGCUCCACCGGUGGUGUGUCUAUGUACGUGGCUGGCACAGGCCAGAUUGUGGCCAAUCCGGCGGCCACCUCUGGGGGUGGGGCAACGGUGGUGGCGACAGGGGGAACAGCCAAUGGGACUGGGGAAGGGGCGGGGGCUAAUGGAAGCGGGGGCAGCUAUGUGAUCCAGGGGGGGUACAUGCUGAGUGGCAACAGUCAGGGGGGCUACUCCACCCACAACGCCCGCUCCUCUCCUGCCACCGUCAGUACAACAGAGGGCGAGGAGGGUAGUGGCGUACCGUCGGCAGACAAAAAGGUGCAGUGGCUGCUAGAUAACUAUGAGACAGCUGAAGGGGUCAGUCUGCCUCGCUCCACCCUCUACUGCCACUACCUGCUGCACUGCCAGGAGCAGAAGCUGGAGCCCGUCAACGCUGCCUCCUUUGGGAAGCUGAUCAGAUCCGUGUUCAUGGGGCUACGCACCCGCCGCCUGGGCACCCGGGGGAACUCCAAGUACCACUAUUACGGCCUGAGGAUCAAGGCCUGCUCCUCUCUGAUCAGACUGAUGGAGGACCAGCAGCACCUGGCCAUGAGACAGCAGCCCUUCUCUCAGAAACAGAGGUUGAAGCCGGUGCAGAAGGUGGAGGGGAUGACCAAUGGCAUGGCGGCAGGCUCGGGCCAACAGCAGCAGCAGCAGGGGGCGGGGCUCUCUGACAUCAGCGCCCAAGUGCAGCAGUACCAGCAGUUCCUGGACGCGUCCCGGACCCUCCCAGAGUUCCCUGACCUUGACCUGCAGGGGAAGGCCCUACCGGAGGGCAUAGAACUGGAGCACAUCAAGAGCUUCCAGCUGCUGUAUCGGGAACACUGUGAGGCUAUUCUGGACGUGACGAUCAACCUGCAGUUCACCCUGGUGGAGACCCUGUGGAAGACCUUCUGGAGGUUUGAAGAGAGCCAGAGUGGAGACACUGGCACACUGGCUGUACAUGAUGAGUCUGAGAAGCGCCUGCCUAAGGACUGUCUAGUGAUCCUGUGUAAGUACGACCCUGUGCUCCGCUGGAGCCGCGACUGUGACAACACCCUGUACCAGGGCCUGGUGGAGAUCCUCAUCCCCGAUGUGCUGCGGCCCAUCCCCAGUGCCUUAACUCAAGCCAUCCGCAACUUUGCCAAGAGUCUGGAGAGUUGGUUGACCAACGCUAUGAUGAACAUCCCAGAAGAGAUGGUCCGCAUUAAGGUAACGUCAGCCAGUUCGUUUGCCCAGACGCUGCGCAGGUACACCUCUCUGAACCACUUGGCCCAGGCAGCCAGGGCCGUGCUACAGAACACAGCUCAGAUAAACCAGAUGCUCAGCGACCUCAACCGCGUGGACUUCGCCAAUGUUCAGGAGCAGGCGUCGUGGGUGUGUCGCUGUGAGGACCGUGUGGUGCAGCAGUUGGAGCAGGACUUCAAGCUGACCCUGCAGCAGCAGAACUCUCUGGAGCAGUGGGCUGCCUGGCUGGACGGGGUGGUCUCCCAGGUCCUAAAGCCCUACCAGGCCAGUGCCGCCUUCCCCAAAGCAGCCAAGCUCUUCCUGCUCAAGUGGUCCUUCUACAGUUCCAUGGUGAUUAGAGACCUGACUCUGCGUAGUGCUGCCAGCUUCGGAUCCUUCCACCUGAUCAGACUGCUGUAUGAUGAGUACAUGUACUACCUGAUAGAACACAGAGUGGCCCAGGCUAAAGGAGAGACACCCAUCGCUGUCAUGGGAGAGUUCGCCAGUCUUGGCCGGAGUUUGAACCCACUGGAUCCAGACAAAGAAGAGGAAGAGGAGGAGGAAGAGGAGAGCGAUGACGAGUGUCAGGAGCUGUCUCUGCCCUCUGACGGGGCGGGGCUGGGGGAGGAGUCUCUGGAGCCACCUACCAAGCUGGCCAGAACCGACCAGAGAGUACUCUUCACCACGGGCCAGGACUGAACACACACACACACACACACACUGAUACACACAUGCACAAACACACUUCCAUUCACAGACUGACUUACACAAAUACUCACACAUAACUGCAUUAAUUUAUAAACAUUUGUAUACACACAUACACCAAGAUACCCUUGUAUACACUAAUAUGUACACUAGAGGUUGACACGGGAGUGAAAAUUCAUUCCUGUUCUGUCUUGUCCUGUAAAAAAAUGUUCCCUGUAAUGCCCGGAUCCUGCAGCGUUUCUAUAACCCCGGAACUUUCCUGUCCCAUUCUGAUAAAUAUCACUCCCGUCCCAUGCAGAUUUUUACACACACAAAUCAUUUAUUCCGUUACGCCUCGAUCACACCAAUAGCGUCAUUGCAUUUUGGUACACAAGAUGUAAAUUCAUUUCCACUGGAACACUGUGUUGCCUUGCAGCAUUGUGUUGCAGAGGCAGUUGCAGUGCGUUCUGUGUGGUGGAAGCGUUGGAGUUAUCGAAUGUAUGCAUCAGACUGUAUGUGAAGACGGCCUGACAGAAAUGGCAGCAGAAGGUGAAGGUUGAACUUUUGUUGAACACAUCCAGAUGAUGCUGCGUACCAUUUUGCAUAAUGACACUAUCGUGUGAUCGGGGCGUAGAGUAGUGGCUGGCUCCAACUGAAGCGAGGCGUGAGAGUGAGCUGGAAGGAAGGAAAUUAUCAUUCGAUUUUUGUCAUUAAGUGAACGAUAUUAGGCCUACACAGUUUAUUUUAAUUAAAUGCUCCACACAUUACCAUCCUGUGGUUUGUCGAUCCUGUGCUGUCCCGAACAUGACUCUAGAACUUCCCAUUCCUGACAGACCUGUUCCCAUGUCAACCUCUAAUGUACAGUUUCUACACACAUUUGAGUGUAGAUACUGUACACACACACACACACACACACACACACACACAUGUUCAUACACUCAAUAAAAAUGUCUGCAGUCUCUACACAUAGAUGCUGACCCAUCAGUACACAGACACAGUCCCAAUAAGGUCUGUAUGGCACAAGUCUGCUGUAAGCACAGAUACCACACAUGCAUGGAUGGGCACACAAUCACCGGUCCGGCAUUGCUGCACAAAGGACACAGGGUGAACUUACACACACACGCCCACGCCCACGCCCACGCCCAACCCAUGGAGUGAAGAGAAAGUGUUUGUUGUCACUUGAAUGGAUCUGUGUAUUGAACAAGGACCUGCCAUGUUUCUCUGUAUUGGUGUCACUGGCUGACAGCAGGGCAGUGCAAUGUACAUGCCAACCUAAACUACCCUCCAACAACUGUCUGCUGUACCAAGGUGGUCCUGAAGAUGUGAUGGUUAACAGUGUGUCCUCCCUUACCCAACCCUUCUGUAUAGGGAGGAACGGAGGGAGGAAGAGGAAAUGGCUGCUUACGAUUCUGCAGUUCUAAAUUGUUAAUUUAGCUCUCACUCUCAUGUCAAUCAAAGCCCAAGAGCCAGUCAGAAGGAGAUGGGGCAUGUGGGUGACAGCAGAUAGACUGUAAAGAGAGUUGUUGUGUGUGAUGCUUGUGGUGUGUGCGUGUGUGCUGGGGUCCUACUGCUGUGCUGUAUUUUUAGGGUGCGAUUGAACAUGCGUGGAUUUAUGUGAUUGUGUGUGUGUGUCUUGUAACGUGUGUCUGGUUGUACGAUUGUUGAGUCUGUGCUUCAGGAGAAGUGUUGACUGUAUAUUUGGUGGAUAUUUUCAAAGGCAUUCAAAAUCAUUUGGGGUGAAUGUUUUUAUUGGUUCUUUUUCAUUUGAUUUGUUCCUUUCCUGAAAAAGAGUGUCAUGGUUUUGGGGGUUCCUGUUACAACCACUCACACACGCACACAAAAGAUAAAACCCUGGUUUAAAGGUGUUUCCAUGUCAACCCCACAGAUGUGGAACAGUAGUCCCACAAUUUCUCUCCGCUGCAGUGUCCAUCUGCCUCUGCUGCUGAAUGUGCAGUUCUGUAAAGAGAGAUCAGUUCAAUAUAUAUUCCUGUUUGUGUUUUCAAGUGCUUCAUUGCCAUCUGUUUUAUUGGUUUCUGUUGAGACCUUUGUGGCCUCUUGUUGUCCACACGUCAUUGCGCCAGCCUUAUUUUUUAUGUUUGUUUAUCUUUUUCAUUUCUGUACCAGACAUUUCUGAUUUCAAAUAAUUACUUUGUUUACAUAUUCCAGGAAGGACUGUGCUGGACUGAGUUAAAAUGCGAUAAUAUAAUUAUAUAUAUGUGUGUCACUCUAUUUCCUUUUCAUUGUCACAAAGUGAACCUUUCUUGUCUGGUGAUGUGGUGUCAAUCUGUCACACACUAAGUAUAUGUUGUGUGUAUGUGUAUUUACUGAGAGUCGUUAUUGAGUGUGAGUGUCUAUGUUUGAUUUCAGUUCUCCUCAAAUGAGCUCUCCAUACAUACACACGCCAAGGGUCCUGCUUCGUUUGCACAGUCACAGUCAAUAACUGUCCUUUUAUAUGGUGAGAUGUCAGUAGCCUGAUCCCAAAUAUGUUUGUACUAUCUUGCCAACUCCUGGUUUGACAAUGACCAUAUAAGUUGGAGAGACAGCACAAACUGAUCGGGUACCAGGCUAGAAUAUAACAAUUCUGCCUAUUUAUCACAGACAGUCUCCAAUUCGAGAUCCCUAUAGAUCUCUUUCAUGUACAGUACUGUAUAUCUGUGUCUGAUGGAAUCGCAGCACACAGGUGUAAGGUAUUCUGAGGAAGACCCUUACAGUCGGUGCCAUUGUUGUAUGGGUUUAGCAUGGUCCCAGAUCUGUUUGUGCUGUCUUAUAGAAGUUGGAAUGACAGCACAAGCAGAUCUGGGGUCAGGCUCGAUGUGAAACGAGACAGGUGAAUCAGACACCCUAUCUUCCUCUACAUCUCUCAUUCUGUCUCACUCGUUUCCUUCCUGCUAAUGUUUUUCUGCUGUUGUUUUGUUGUUGAAGCCAUUUUCAUAGAACAUUGUCCACCACGAUCAGUUCGGUUGUUGAACAUGUAUUGUAUAAACAUUUCAUUGCAUUUAAGUGUCACAAGAAUGUUUUCAAAGGCAGCAAUGAAUAUCUUGAGCACGUAGUGUGGACCUCUAAACCAGCAUGUUUAACACUCUGGGGUGUCUGCUGCUACCACAGCUGAUGAUAUAUCCUCCCAUGUCCUGCGGAUCUCCCUAUACGAUGGCCAUUCUUUUCCAGACAAAAAUGUUUGUCAUUUUUAUAGAGUUCAGUUUCUUACUUCUAAAAGCAAAAAUGGUAUUGUGUGGCAGUGUUUUAUGAAUUUGGUCAAAUACACGUAUGACUGUGCCUUUGGGAGGUUGUAGAAUGCACUUCAAAUGUUUUUAAUUUUAAAGAUAUAAAAUAAAUUAAGAAUUUUUUAAGUUGUCA